AUUGGUAUUAUUGGAAAACCUUCGGCGGGUAAAUCAACUCUUUUGAAUGCAAUUUCGGAUGCAAAUGCAAAAACUGGUGAUUAUCCAUUUACAACUAUUGAACCAAAUAAUGGUAUUGCAUUGUAUCGUUCAAGUAUUCCAUGUCCUUGUGCUGAAUAUGGUUUACAAAAGUAUUGCUCUCCAAAAUAUGGUAAAUGUGUAAACUCUGUGAGAUAUAUUCCUAUUAGUGUGAUGGACGUUGCUGGUUUGAUUCCAGGAGCUUCAUUGGGUAAAGGAUUGGGAAACAAAUUCUUGGAUGAUUUGCGUCAUGCUCAAGUUUUGAUUCAUGUUUUGGAUGUCAGUGGAACAACAAAUGAAAAGGGAGAAAAUACUGAAAAUUAUGAUCCUAUUGGAGAUGUAGAAUGGUUGGAAAAGGAAAUUCAUGAUUGGAUCUUUAACAAUUUGUGGAAUAGAUGGGAUACUAUCGUAAGAAGACAUAGACAAUGUAAAAAUACCCUUGUAGACACCUUUUCACAACAAUUGAGUGGUUAUGGAUGUAACAGAAAAUUCAUUACCUCUAAUAAGGAAAUUGAUUUUUCAAAGCAUAUGAAACCUCUUGAAAAAUGGGAGGAAGCAGAUGUUCAUACAUGUGUCUCACUAUUUAUUGCCUUUAGAUUCCCUUGCAUUUAUGCAUUAAAUAAGAUUGACCACAAGGCCAGUUCAAAGUACAUUAACAAAUUCUUUGAAAGAUAUGAUAUGGAUAAGAUUGUUUUGACAUCUGCCUUGUCAGAAUGUUUCUUGAAGACCAUGAGAAAGAAGGGUCAUAUUAUCUACCAUGAAGGAGAUAGUGAUUUCAAAACAUUUGAGGAAUGCGAAGAUGAGGAAGAAAAGAAACUGUUGAAACCAAUUAAGGAUGAAAAGAAUGUCGGAAUUUUGAAGAAUAUCAGAGAUUUUGUCUUGGCAAGAUUUGACACUACAGGUGUAUUGGAAGCUAUUGUAAAGGCUGUUAAUUUACAAUCUCCAGUUGUCAUUUAUCCAGUG